AUGGCGCCGGGGCUCACGAUCCAGGGCAGCACCUCCGAGGCCCUCGCGCAGGCGCUCGCGGUGGGCAUCGUGGCCCGACGCCGGCGCGAUGUUGCCAUGCAGGCCCUUGAAUCGCGAUGUAAUGAGCUCGACCAGGAGCUGAAACGGCGAUCGGGCAAGCAUGGGGCGGGAGGCCCCGAGGACGUCUGGUGGCAGCUGGGAGCCGAGGACGGGCGGGGGAGCCCGGGCGCCCUCGACCGGCUGGCCGGCCAGGUCACCUGCGCUGCGCUGUGGCAUGCCGCGGCGCAGCGCCUCCCCCCCGCUCCCGCUGCGACCCUGGCGGGGGUGCAGGCGUACCUUUCCGCCAAGGAGUGUGCGCGGUGGAGAGCGGGCAACGCGGCGCCCCUGGCCUGCGCCGCCAGCGUGCUGGAGCGCUCCCCAGUCACUGCCGUCCUGGAGGUAAUGCAGGACGGUCUGGAGCUGGAGGAGCGAGGCGAGGCGGGGUGCGGCGAGGAGUUCAUUGCAGCGGCCCCCCCCGCCGAGGGCUGGGAGGGCGACGCUGGCUCAGCACACUGCGCCGCCCCACCCUACCCGGCCGCACAUCCCAUGCCCGCCUGCGUGUCCUGCCUGUGCGCCCUGCUCGAAUUUGGUCCCGGGGCCGAGGAUGAGGGGGAGGAACGACACGACACCGCUUGCGUCCAGGCCUUUGCGCGCUGGCUGGCGGAGCGCGUCUGCGAGCAGGGGCCGGAAGGCCGGGCGAGCACCCGCCUGCUGGACUGCAUGACCGGCGCGGCGUCUGCGCUGCUGCCGUGCUGCGCCGUGGCGCUGGCCGAGGCGCUGGCGGGCGCGGUGGAGGCCCUGCCGGCGGCGGCGCGGUGCGUGCAGCAGACCAGUGGCGUGCUGGUCCGAGUCCUGCACCAGAUGGGGUGA